AAGAUGGCAACUACAGCAGCUGUUAACAGACCUCCACCUGCUCAUCCAGGACCACACGCUGGAAACCUCCACUCACAGCCCACCAGCGGGGUACCAAACUCUGGAUUUCAUGAUCCAGGACUACAGGGUAUCAGCCAGGACCCCAGACUCCAACACCCCCACGUCUCGUCCCGGCCCGUCUUCUACGUCCCUGUUCAACCUCCGCCACCUUUCCUCCACUACCAGUGGCCCAUGCCCUUCUCCUAUAACCCCUUUAGUGGCUUCCCAGGCAUGGGCUAUGGCAUGGUCAUGCCCCCGUUCCCCCCUCCUCCCCCCUACAUGGAGGCUCCAUCCUAUGUUUUGCCCCACCCUCACAUCCAACCAGUGGACUACAGACACCUGCUCCACCCGUCAGUCCAUGCUCCUGCUGCACCCUACCAGCACCUAUACCAGCCUGGCAGAGUGCGCCCUCCUCAUCCUGUCCCUGUGAGACAAACGGUGAACGCAGAGGUCCAAACAGAACCCACAGGGAGAGGCGGGGCUUCUUCUGGAGAGGUGAGCCCACUCAUCAGCUCCGAUUCUGGGCAUGGAACCACCUCACACUCCCCGUCCUCCUCCAGCUCCAGCUCCCACAAACGAGGCUCUGCAGAGCCCCAAACCUUCACCACAGACUUUAACAAGAGCUGUGAGAGUUCUGCAGUCACAUAGAGAUUUAACCUCGUUCAUCCUGCAGGAACAAAGACGCUCCAAUCACGUCACAGAGACGCACGACAACCACCGAAGAGCCCAAUGAGAAGUGUUGAGGAGAACCUUCCCCCCUGCAGGGACGCUCACCACAACAUGUGGUCAGUGGGCUCUUCUGGUGGCGUGGUUCGCUGUGUGCA